AUGACCAAGCGCAACCAAAAAGCUGAUCAGUUAUACGAAGAAGCCGCGACAUUAGAGACGAAGUGGUCCAUUUUCAGUAAAGAACAAAACAUGUCGAAAGCUCAAGAGUUGUACAACAAAGCGGCCAACCUCUACAAAGCGAGUGAAGACUACGACAAGGCCGCUCUUGCUUUUUCCAAGUCAAAUCUUUUAUCGACGAAAUUGGGAGACACGUCCGACGCAAAUAAAGCACUUCAGAAUCAAGCGCUUUGUCUUUCGAAAGGUACAAACCCAGAAAGCGCAGUCGACAUCUUACUUGGUGUAGUUGAGAAUUACAUCGCCGCGGGUGCCUUCUCACAAGCAUCCAAAACGCAACAAGAGAUCGGGAAGAUCUUCGAAGAGCUCAAAAAGUACGACAAAGCAGCUGAAGCGUACAAAACAGCAGCAAGUCAAUACGAAAUGGAUAACCGCCCCGCAUCGGCGCUUCCUCUCAAGAUCUCUGCAGCCAAAUUGGAGGCGUUAACUGGAAAGUAUAUGGACGCUUAUAAGACCUUCGACCAAACUGGGAUGGACCAAAUCAAUCAAGGCGCCCUUCGUUUCGGAGCAAAGGAACACUUCAUCAACGCAAUUCUUUGUCAAAUGUGUAACGACGACGAAAUUGGUGCGGCCAAAUCCGUCGAUAAAUAUAAAACACUUGAUCCAUCGUUGUCAUCAGAAAGAGAUUAUAAGACUAUGGCUGACUUGGCCAAUGCACUCAAAGAAAUGGACUUGGACAAGUUCAACGCCGUCGUAGGUAACUACACACAACUCAAACAAGUCGACGAAUUCAGAAGACAGCUCUUCGAAGUGUUGAAGAAGAAGAUCGAAGACAACGCGAAUGCGGCACUUCUUUGA